AUGUGCUAUGCUGAGGAAGUACGCUCUAAUGAUGCCAGGGAAGCACUGGUGCUUUCCUUCUCCUACAAUCCUGCCACAGGAGGAUACAUUUUAGCGGAAGAUGCAAGUGGAUAUGAUCUUCAAGUGCUGAGCACUGAACAGGGUUGGAAGACUCAUGUUGCUGGGGGUUACUAUGUUCUUCAGGCAACAUGUCCUGACUUUCUCAGCAUCCGAACAGGAAUAUCAGUGGUAGUGGAGUGUAGUGGUUUUGACAUCAUGGCCAACUUUGACAGCAACACAAUCAAGCGCAUGUGCACAGAUUACAUAUCGCUUUACCCUUUUGCACUCCAUGAAAUGACUUGCUUCCACACUGGGCUCUUCUUCAAUACCAUGAUGUCCUGCAUGAAAAUUUUUCUACCCAGGUCUCUUGGCUCCAAAUCAAUGUUGGUCAUGUCUUCCCAGCUGGUCGAUUAG